AUGUCACAAAGAUCAGCGGGACGGUUGAAGAAAGAGCUGUCACAGUUACACCAGGAACCAGCACCCGGAAUCAGUGUGUUUCUCCGGGGUGACAGCACUAGUUCCUUCUCUUGUCAGAUAAUCGGACCACCUGAUACACCGUAUGAGGAAGGAGUAUUUGAGAUAUCAAUGACCUUGCCAGAGAGAUACCCGUUUGAGCCUCCGUCUAUUAAAUUUGACACAAAGAUUUACCAUCCUAACAUAGACGAAACGGGGCGAGUGUGUCUGGAUCUGUUACACUGCCCACCUCGGGGCUCCUGGAAACCUGUACACAACAUCCGUACCCUCCUUACUAGCGUGCGGUUGUUGCUGAGUGAACCUAACCCUGACGACGGACUGCUAGCAGAUGUCUCUAACCAGUAUAAGUUUAACAGAUCACAAUUCGAGGAUAAAGCGAGGGAGAUGACGCAGAUGUACGCUGUAAAGGGAGCAUGA